AUGCCUGCCUGCUCUGCCUCUCUGCUCUGCCUGCUUCUAUUGCUGCUCUGUGGGCUCCUUGGAGGUUGGGUGCUGUCCAUCUGCCCCUCUGUGUGCUCCUGCAGCCGGGGACACCGUGUGGUGGACUGCUCCUCACGAGGCCUAACCAAGCUACCCCCUGGUCUGCAGCACAACAUCCGCUUUCUCAACCUCUCUUUUAAUAGCUUGCAGGGUCUGGACAGCCAGCUCAGCCAUUAUGCCCACCUACGGACCCUGGACCUGUCCUACAACCGCCUGGAGAGCCUGCCCCCUGCCUUGCCACGGUCUCUGUGGGACAUUCGAGCGGCGGGGAACCAUCUACGCUCGCUGGACAAAAAUGACACAGCUUACCACUGGAACCUGAAAGUACUGGACCUGUCGGACAACGAGCUGGAGAGAGUGGUUUUCAUCAACAACACACUGCCCAGUCUCCAAGCUCUCAACCUCAGCCACAACAGGUUUUGGACUGUGCCCACAAACAUGCCACACAACUUGGAGAGCAUCGAUUUAUCACAUAACUAUCUGAUGCAGAUCCUGCCUGGUUCGUUGGAUCGGCUGCCGAGGCUGACUCAGUUCUAUUUGCAUGCUAACCGCUUCUCCUGGUUACCUGAAGGGAUCUUUGAUAAGCUGAAGAUGCUGGAGGUGAUGACUCUUGGGGAUAACCCCUGGGCUUGUGAAGAAGAAGAAAACAUAACACGGCUCCUUAGAUGGGCUGAGCAGACCCGUGCAACCAUCUUAGGCUGCCCUUGUUAUACAAGACCCAUCUGUGGGCAAACCCAUCUGGCAACACCGGGGAGGGAGUGGCACUCUGCACUAUUCACAGAACCACCACUGUGGGUUAAUAGCAGAGGUGAAGGGCAUGAUGUUCAAUCACCAGCAAGGACUGCAGAGGUCACGUCUAGUUACCAGGUGAAAUCUGCACUUUUCGAGACAGGAAUAUAUCAGGAUAAAAGAGGAGUGAAUGAAUCCGGGGACCACAUGGUGUUUGUCUGGACAUCUUCCUCAACUUUUGAUAGUUUCUCCACACACACAAGCACAACAAAGAGCCUGUGGUCCUCAACCAAGAAGCCCAAAGUAGCUAAUUCACGGAAUAACGGUCAGGGACUCGUCUUUGAGACUCAUCAAACUGUCAGCCUGACUAUUUUAUUUGUGACGACAGCAUUCAACACUUUCUGA